GAACGACGACGUUCCCUUCGUCGGGCAAUCCCGCGCUUUCGAACCCAAUCCGCAUUUUUUCAUUAUCUGGACUUAAUUAUUGGGGCUGCCAAUCACGGGAGGAGGGGAGGAGUGUAGCAACAAAUUAUAUCUGAAAAGCAACCCCAAUAAUUUAAUAAUGUCCGGAUUCGCAGCGGCGGGUCUCGGGGCCCUGGGCACCAUCAAAGCAAGGGUUGAAGGAAAAUUAGCAGAAUAUCGAUCUACAAGAAGACCUUCAUCCGGAUAUGAUGAAUUUGAAGUGUCGAGGAAUCGAGGGAGCAAAGAUAACAUGGGAUUUGAGGACGAGAAGGGAUACGAUGGACGUGCCUCCUUCGAUUCAUUGCCAGAGCCAGAAAGGCCACCCCUUCGCCACAUCGACACGUACAUUAAACCUGAAUGUCCAUGCUUAUCAACAAGAUUUACUGUUGCUGUGCUUGCUUGUGUAGGUUUCAUAAUUUCCUUCGGCAUGAGGGCCAACAUGGGUAUGGCGAAACUAGCGAUAGCCAACGAAACAGACAGCAAUGGCACGAGAAUACACAAUUGGGGUGUUGGAACAGAGAGCGCAAUGGAUUCAUCAUUCUUUUUGGGGUAUCUCAUCACCCAAGUGCCAGGAGGAUUUUUGGCCUCCCUCUAUCCGGCCAACAAGGUAUUCGGUCUUGCUAUCGCUAUUUCCUCGUUUCUCAAUCUACUCGUGCCAGGAGCUAUCAACACCGAUCCAUAUUUGGACAUGUUUGUUCAAGUACUGAAGGGUCUUGUCGAGGGAGUGACUUACCCAGCGUGUCACGGCAUCUGGAAGAACUGGGCGCCACCAUUGGAGAGAUCGAGACUAGCGACUUUGGCAUUUUGUGGUUCAUACGCAGCUGUUGUUAUUGGAAUGCCUCUCUCAGGGUGUUUGAACUCCUGGUUCAACUGGUCUGUCUCAUUCUACGUCUACGGAAUCGCUGGACUUAUUUGGUACGCAGCGUGGCUGUGGCUGGUCUUCGAGAGGCCAUCAAAGCACCCAAGCAUCACCGCUCGAGAGCUCCGGUACAUCGAAGAUUCCCUGGGACAGGCCCACGCACAGGCACCUCAGCCAACAUUCAACACGACACCCUGGAAGAAAUUCUUUACCUCGAUGCCAGUUUAUGCCAUCAUCGUUGCUAAUUUCUGUCGAUCCUGGAAUUUUUAUCUACUGGUUCUGUAUCAAGCUAGAUACAUGAGUGAAUCCUUUGGAUUAUCUACUGUUGAGACUGGAAUGGUUGGAUGUAUACCUCAUCUCCUGAUGACCUGCAUCGUACCCCUGGGUGGAAUGCUCGCCGAUUACCUCCGAAGAACAGGAAAAUUGACGACAACGCAAGUCCGGAAGUUGUUCAACUGCGGUGGAUUUGGAACUGAGGCCUUCUUCUUCCUCAUUGUUGCGUAUGCAACGGUUCACAAGAAUCCAACUGGUGCAACAGUUGCUCUGACAUUUGGCGUUGCUGGCAGUGGUUUUGCCAUUUCUGGUUUCAACGUUAAUCAUCUGGAUAUCGCACCGAGAUACGCUAGUAUUCUGAUGGGAAUGUCCAAUGGAAUCGGAACAAUUGCUGGUCUUCUCGUUCCAGUUUUUGUUGAUCACAUGACGAAAAAUCAUUCUGCCGAUGAGUGGAAGGUUGUUUUUAUAAUCGCUGCAUGUGUCCACGGAUGUGGAGUCACUUUCUACGCGAUUUUCUGCUCGGGUGAGCUGCAGUCUUGGGCGGAUCCCUCGUUGGAUGAAGAGAAGAGUUGGAAUCCACUUGAUGAUUUGGGACAGACCAAACCACCGGUGCCACCUCCUCCCAAAGUUAUGCAGUCUGAAUUUAUCAGGCAACCAUCAGCGGACAUAAACGCCGCAUGGAACGACGACGUACCCCACCAUCAGGACAAUAGCUACGAUCAAGAGAGAAUUGGUGGACAACCAGUGAUAAAUUAUGGAUCGACGGAAACAAAUACCAGCAAUCCCUUUCGCUCAACGAAUCCAUUCACAAGUGGAAUAACCGAGACUCUCGUACAACCACCAGCAAGAGAUGACUACACGCACGAUGUCAUGCAGCAUCAACAAUGGGACUGAAGAGUUAUGAAGAAAUAUUAAGAGACUAUAGAUCGACAUUUAUUUCGAGGCUAGUAAGUUUAAGCGUUCAUGUAUUUAUCGGAUAAAUGGGUCUCAAGGUGAUCCUCUCUGUAACUUCAACAAUUGCACAAAACACGAAAUGAGGAUAAAACAUAAUUGGGGGAUUCCCAGAUUUUUUAUCACACGAGUUGACGAUUAUUUCCGCAUAUCGAUAGAGUUGGAUUUGUUGGAUUGAGUGGAAUGCAUCGGUUGAGGCUUUUUUUUUUCGUUUUGUGUGAGUGAUUCUGGUUCACCCUGGGACUCUGCGUACAAUUCUUUAAUGAAAUGGAAUGAGGUUAUGGGGGCAAGGAAAUAUUUGGAUUACUUUUGAUGUGAUUAUCGUAAAUCUUCGUUUCCAUUUUAUUGGAGGAUUUUGGAUACACGAUUUGAGGGUUUUACUGAAAUAUUCUGACAAUACAGAUACCUAAAAGGACAGAUAAUAGUGCUGUAAGUGAUAAAUCCAGUGAAAGUAUUGAAAAAACAUGAUUAAUUACCACUAAUUUUUGAAAAUAAUGGUAUUUUUUAUAAAUAUUCUGGUAAUUGGCACAGAAUGAUACCGCACGAUAGAAUAUACAAUUGAUAAAGUUCUUGCGCUUAUUUUUCCGUGCUGACAAUAAUUUGAGCGUGGAGUACUGACAAUAUUAAAUAUAAAAAAUGCACGUGUUUUUUGAUUGCACUGGAGAUUUAUAAUUACAAGACCUGAUGAAUACUUGCAGUGAAUAUUCAUAUUCCUGUAUGAUUUGGGGAUUACGACAAUACAAAAACCUGCACUUGUUUCCAAUCGCACGAUGGGAUAUUUGAUGACUGAAUUUAUUGAAGAAGGACAAUACAACUUUGAUUUUUUUUUUUCGAGGAGAAUUAUUAUAGCGCCAUUGGCUGAUACUUUUAGGGAGUAAUUACUGUCGAGGAUUAGGGUGAGGACAAUUGACAAUAUGAUAGGAGAUAAAUUGAGAUAAAUUGAGUUCUCGGGAAAUCCAGAAAAUAAAACUACGAAUGAAAGUUAAAAAAGUGAUAGACGAAACUUUGAAAGUAUAAUCCAUUAUUAAGACUUUUUUCAGUAUACAAAGAAGUAUUUAAUAUUGAACGAGUCAUUGUGAGAAAUAUUUGACGAUUAUUGUGUCAAUGCGUAAUUAAUUAGCACUCAUUAUUUGCUAAUCACUCAGAUAUAUGUCGUAAGCGUUCAGUAGAUUACGUGUGAGUGGAGGAAAGUGAAAACAGAAAAAAAAAUAAUAAUAAUAAUGAAAGUACAUUUUUGUGAUUGCGCUGAUUAAGGGAGAAUACGGAUAAUUCAAUAUAUUAUUAUUAUAAAUAAAUUGAAAGUAAAGGAACAAAUUCAGAAGUUAUGGUAAACCUUUGGGCGAAUGUCCAGGGGAAAUUAGUCAAUUUAUGUGGUACUGCGGUGGUAUCGGAAAAAUUAAAUAAUUCAUAACUUAUAUCUUAAAUCUAUUGAAAAUUAUAUUAAAGAUAAUUAUUAUCCACGACCGGAAUCGAUUGGAUAUGUUGCCAGGGAGUGGCUAAUGUGUGUGAAUAAUAGGUAGUGAUGUUGUUGCUUUGGGAAAAAGCUUGGAAAAGAGUAUAUUAGAUAUUGUAGGGGAAUGUGAGGGCGAGGGAUUGUGCUAUCUUUGAAUUUUUAAAUAAUCGGUGAGUGUGCCGGUGUUUGAUAGUUAAAUAAUUUUAUUUUUCUGGUUGUUUGUUUAAAUUUUCUUUUUAUGAUACCACGAAAUCGUUAUGAGUAAUGGAUAUCCGAGGGUUUUCGGGAUUUUAUCAUUUUGAGACUUCUCCAUCAUUUCAAUUUUUAUUUAAGGCUCGGGUGGAUUAUCUAGAAA